AUGACCUUGGGGCUAUCUGGUACUACUACUACUACUACUACUACUACUACUACUACUACUACUACUACUACUACUACUACUACUACUACUACUACUACUACUACUACUACUACUACUACUACUACUACUACUACUACUACUACUACUACUACUACUACUACUACUACUACUACUACUACUACUACUACUACUACUACUACUACUACUACUACUACUACUACUACUACUACUACUACUACUACUACUACUACUACUACUACUACUACUACUACUACUACUACUACUACUACUACUACUACUACUUAUAUUAAUACUAAUAAUCACAGUAUAUAUAUAUCACAAUUCAUGUUAUAA